AUGGACCAAUGGUCAGUUAUCACCAACUCCCUUUGGCUAAUGGCUUUGCUCAGAAUCCAUCCGGCGCCCGCGCAAGCAUCCGGAAGACCUCGAGUCACGAUAGCGCUUCCGACUCACGAUCUAUCCUAUGACAGAAGCCCGUACCGCAAGGCCUCCCCAGCAGCCUGCGCGCUCCCACCGACGCCCAUCCAGGGUAAGACUUCACGCAACGGUCGCCGGCCCCUGGUCGUUCGGCUGACUUCACUCACCCGCCGGCUAUCGCAGGUAUCUGAUUCUGAUUCACGAGGUAUUCCUUCUACCUCAUCGCUGGAGAACAACGAGGCAUGUUUGGCUACAGUCAAAACGUUGGAGCGGGAGAAUGAAGCGUUGGAGAGACAAAGAGGCCAGUCGGAGCGCCUUCGAGGCGUUGAAAGUGAGAAGCAGAAACUGUUGAACGACCAGAAUCGGUGGAGGCAACAGCUUUCUGAGAGACGGGCGGCUCAAAAAAUGGUGCUUGAAUGCAGUAUACCGUUGUUUGUUGGCACUAGUGGCUUUGGAGCCCUGCUGGUCUACCAGAAAGUGUGGAUCCGGCCGCCUAGACAACUGCUCUACCGGCAACGACAGCGGCUCCGGAUAUAUGGUCUACUCAGGAGGAUGGAUGGGAUACAUUCGGUGACGAUCUUGAUAUUGUACCUGGCCCUCAUAAUUUCACGCGACUUUUGCAGUUCUAAUUAG